AUGAAACUCGGUUUUACGGGCUUGUUCUUGACGGCCUGGGCGAUGGAACAAGACUGUUUGAAGCUUCCAGUACGGUUGUGGCUGCACCACGACGCGACGGGUUCGUACAAGAACCUGAUUGGCGACCCGCAGACGUAUGUGCAGAAGUUACUGGAUGCUUUGAAUGAUAAGUUGGACGAUUUUGAUUUUGGCGGUUCGUUGUUUCGCGACCGAGGAGCACAGGCAAAGGGCGGGUGUUUCAGCCAAGGCGUGACGUUCGGGACCGUCGGAACAUACAGCAGCAAAGUUUCUGCCUUCGCGAGUUUCAUUGAGACGCAAUCCUUCGGUGGCGGUGGCGACGAUCCUGAGGACUCAUUAUCUGCGAUCCCGUUCAUUGGUAGACAACAGUUCAGUGGCCUCGGCGAUGAGGCACUACGAAUCUUCAUGAUUAUCACAGACGAGCGGGGCAAGUACCAUGGACUACCAGAUCGAGAAGGUGAGCUGAGCCCCGAUGAUGAGCUCCCGAGCGCUGUUGAGAACCCGAACCCCGAGGCGAGCGUGUCUUGUGAUCCGAGCACGUGGUACCCGACCCUCGAACAGCUCACCACCGCCAUCACCAAUUAUCGACUCCUCCCAGUCACCCUCGCGGCCGGCGACUCGGCAGACUGGUGGCGGACCUUUUACACCGACCAACUCGGCCUUUCCGAGAUGGACUUCGCCGUCUUCUCCGUAGAUAACAGCGCUGAGUCAAUCGCCCAGGGCGUCAUUGAGAGCGUCAACGCCGUCAGCUGCAACGCUGCCAGCACCUCCACUACCGCGCCCACCUCGGCCAGCAGCGCAACGGGCAACACAGAAGCCGAUAGAGAGACUGACACCGCGCCCACCCCGGCCAGCAGCCCAACCGGCAACACAGAGGCCGAUAGAGAGACUGACACGGCGUCGGGCGAGGAGGACCACAGAAAAAAACACAUCAUCAUCGGCACGUCGGCCGCGGCAGGUGGCAUCGCAGCCUUGGCGGCCGUGGCUGGUAUCCGGCGGUUCUUACAGAGGUCUGCUGCCUCUUCUAUCGAGCCGCGGAACGAGGCGGCUGCACGCGACGGGGUCGAGGGGAAUCGAAGGGAGUCCAUUAUCGCAGUUGACGAAACACAAUACGUAUGA